AUGGAGGAGCCGCCCAAUCCUGCUCACUUGCGGGUUAAGGCAGGCACCGCCGUGGUGACAGUGGCCCUCGCUGUGGGGUUGCUGCUCUUCGACUGGGACUCGGCCACGGGAGGGCAUCAGACCGUGUUCAGCAGCGUGCGCCCCGCUGUCAAGGCCGCCCUGAACCGACUCUACGGCAGGGAGCCCUCUGCGCAGCAGCAGCAGCAACGGCAGCAACGGCAGCAACAAGGCGGAGACAGCAGCCGCAGGGCGCAAGCGCUGCAGACGGCCUCUGAGGAUGAGGACAGCCUGACCGACCAGGCAGCAAUGCUUCAGAAGUUUCUGCCCCCUGGGAGCAGCCAGCAGGCACUGGCGGAAGGCCUGCUGCAGCUAGAUGCCGCCCUCAGGCGGCGACGGCACGACUUUGGCUGGCUGCGCCAGCCAGAGGCAGGCAAGGCGGCCGACCCAUUAGAAAGCAACCAACCCAAAGCAGCAGAAUCAGCAAGGGAGCAGCAGCAGCAGCAGCCGGUGCCGCCGUCGCCAUCACCAGCUGACAGCAGCAGCGGUGGGCUGAGCGUGGCGGCAGCAGAAUUCAGGCCCUCAACCGUCGCUGCCAGUGCUGCUGUGGUGGCAGGCGUGGCCCCCCUGCAGCUGGAUGGAGGAGCAGAGGGCUGGGAGGAGGAUGAGGGAGCAGUUGCGGCAGAAGUGGAGGGGUGCAGUGGCGGCUGGCAGGACGAUGGCCGGUACCGCACGCAGGGAGCUGUCGACGCCAGCUAUGAGGCUGGCGUGGGUGCCGCUGGCGCCAGCGAGGCUGCGCUGGCAGCAGAGGAUGCCGCGGCCGCCGCCGAGCUGGUGGCAGGCGGCCCCGCUGCCCACGCCGCCUUCCUGGCUGUGCUGGGCGAGCAGUUCCCGCUCUUCUCGCACGCCGCGCUGCGCCAGCUGUUUGAGGAGCAGGGCGGCAGCCUGGCGGCCACCAUACACACGCUGUGCAGCCUGGAGGCGGAGAUCCAGGGCCAGCAGGCGGCGGGGGCGACGGGGGCGCAGGGCGCCGGCGCCUGGCUGCCGGAUGGGACCUAUGCCAGCCCCAGCCCAGAGGCAGCCCCGGCCUUCACAGAUGACGACUUCCCCACCCUGGGCGGACCCACAGCCAGCAACACCGCGACUGGCAGCGCUUCUGGCAGGGGCACGGGCGGCGCUGCGGCGGCGUAUGCCAGCCGCGCCAGGGCGGCCGCCGACCUGCCGGCCCAGCCGGCGCGGCGGCGCCCCACGCAGCGCGGCGCCUCGCCGCCGCCGGCCGCUGCGCCGAUCUGGCAGCAGGCGGAGGGCGUGCAGCGCUUCUCCACGGGGGCGGCGCUAGCGGCAGAGUAUGCCUCGCUGCGGUCAGAUGCGCGGGACCAUGCCCGCCUCAGGAAUGCCUGCUUCCAGCAGGCGACCCAGGCCUACCUGGCGGGCGACCGCCGGCUGGCAAAGGAGCUGGGGGCGCGGGGCAGGUGGCACGGCGAGCAGAUGCACGCGGCGCACCAGGCCGCAGCCAGCGAGCUGUUUGCGCGGCGCAACCCGGGGGCGGCCGGCGGCAGCGGCGCGCUGGGCAGCGGCAGCGGUGGCGGCAUGCCCACGCUCGACCUGCACGGUCUGCACGUGUCCGAGGCGCUGCAGCAGCUGGAGGCCCUGCUGCUCAGAAUGCAGGGGGGCGGCGGGCGGCGGGUGCGGGUGGUGGUGGGGCGCGGCACGCACGGCAAGGUGCCCGCCCGCCUCCCCGCUGCGGUGCGGCGGUGGCUGCAGGAGCAGCGUGUGCAGUUCUCUGAGCCGUAUGCCGGGCUGCUUGAGAUCAGGCUGUAG